AUGUCUCCGGGUGCUGCUGAGCUCCGUCGCCACGACAAUGGACGUGCUGCCCGUCGUCAGGGCGUCCGCGGGCGCCAAGGAGCUCGCGGGGUUGGUGUCCCGGCGGACGUGACGCCCGACGCCGAGGACGCUAGGCUCGUGCUCGCCCACGUUGGCGUCGCCACCUGGUCGGACUGCCCCGAGGAUGCCGCGUUCCUGCAGGCCGAGCUGUUGGAGCGCCUGGAGAUCGGCAAGGACAACGACAACGACCUCGUGGCUCGUGCUCAUCGAUGGGCUCGUGGCGUUCUUGCUCUACUGCCGCGUCUUCAGGUGACGCACAAAUGGUGGUAUGCAACAGACAACGCGUCCAUCAAGAAGUGGAUCAAGAGCGGGUGCUGGAUGUGCCCCGUCACCGACGAGAGGCUCUGCAGCGCCGAUCUCGUGACGAACGUCGUGGCGCGUGGGGUCAUCUCGAGCAGCUCCUCAGGCGGGGCGUCUUGCUCCAUGAGUCCAGUAGCAAGCAAUAGCCACCGGUGCGCGGUCGACAUGACUGCCACACCGAUCGGCUUGGCCGGCGUAAAGCGGCGUCGUCGCCUCUCGCGGCGUUCUAAUGGUGAGGCUGCCCAAUGUGCGCCGCUGAGAGGCGCGAAGAAGAUGACGUAUGAGGCCCGCAAGUUUUCAAAGUGGAACAUCUUCUACCCGACGUGCCUCGUGGAGAAUAACGAGCCCACGAAUUCCCAAAAGUUCCAGUACGUCGCUAUGCGAGCUCUCCUCCGGAUCCACCCGCCCGCGGUCAUCUCCGCCGCAUCGUUGCUCCACACCUCCUCAACCGCCGCCUCCAAGACCCUAGCCCCGAGCCCCACCUUCGUCCCGCUCCGGCUCUUCCGCCGCUUCGCGGCCAUGGCCGCCACCGCCGCGGACGAGUUCGUGAAGGGCCGCGUCUUACCCAACGGCGUCGCCGUCAUCACGCUCGACCGCCCCAAGGCCCUCAACGCCAUGAACCUCGAAAUGGAUGUUAGAUACAAGGCACUUCUUGAUGAAUGGGAAACAGAUCCAAGUGUCAAGUGUAUUCUUGUGGAAAGCAGCUCUUCUCGUGCCUUCUCAGCAGGUGGGGAUGUGAAGAGACUUGCUAAUGAUUGCACCAUGCCAGAUAUAAUAGAGGUCUUCACAGCAGAGUACUCCUUGAUUUGUAAGAUACAUGAGUAUGCAAAACCUUAUAUAUGCUUGAUGGAUGGAGUGACAAUGGGAUUUGGAAUUGGGCUAUCAGGGCAUGGCCGCUACCGCAUUAUUACUGAGAGGACACUCCUAGCCAUGCCUGAGAAUGCUAUUGGCCUGUUCCCAGAUGUUGGCUUUGCUUACAUUGGUGCAAAAGCCCCAGGAAGGGGUGCAGUUGGAGCUUACCUUGGGAUUACUGGAAAAAGGAUAUCAUCACCUGCUGAUGCUAUGUUUAUAGGCCUUGGUACUCAUUAUGUACCUUCUGCAAAUUUGGGUUCACUCAAGGAAUCCCUCCUGAGUGCUAACUUCACCAAUGAUCCUCAUAGAGACGUUGAGUCAGUUCUGACAGUAUACAAGAAAGAACCAGAGUCUGAAUCACAACUAGAAAAGCUUUUGCCAUAUAUCAUUUCUUCUUUCAGUCCUGAUAAAUCAGUAGCUGAAUCUGUGGAAGAGCUAAAGAAAUGUAGUCAAAGUGGUGAUGCUACAGUGGCAGAAUGGGCCCAUGAAGCUUUAGCAGGAAUUGAGAAAGGCGCUCCAUUUUCUCUUUGUUUAACACAGAAGCAUUUCUCUCAAGUUGCAUCAGCGUACGGGACUAGUGAACACUAUUUAUCUAAGCUGGCUGGUGUUAUGAAAUUGGAAUAUCGUAUUGCCUUGAGGUCGUCGGUUAGAAAUGAUUUUGUUGAAGGUGUACGUGCUGUUUUAGUUGACAAGGACCAGAAUCCGAAGUGGAAUCCAGCCACUCUGGAAGAAGUAAACAUGGGCGAGGUUGAAUCAGUUUUUGAGCCAUUAGGUGCUGAGGCUGAGUUGAGUGUGUGA